AUGGACGCCUCAGACGUCUUCCGACACGCCGAGGGCUUCGGGCCAUAUCAACACCCGAGACCGCCUCAGCGGUAUAAUCAAAACAGGCCCGCCCAACUUCCUCGAGAGCCAUCAAAUGGCGAUGGUGAAGGCGAGGCCUCGCAUCGCAUUGCGCACACACUAACGGCAUGUUGCCGUUGUCGCCAGAGGAAAACGCGAUGCGAUCCAACGCUACCCCGCUGUCUACCAUGUGAACGAUCGGGUUCAACAUGCGAGUACUUCGACACCACCAAGGGAAAGAAGAUAAGCCGAUACUAUGUCGUCAAGCUCCAGGAGAAAGUGCGGGCCCUCGAAGCUGAACUCGGUCACUACACAGAUGACGAGGCGUUCCCCAAAGACAAUGAGGAACUCCUACGUCCCGGCGGCCUCGUGCGACUCAACGAGUCGGAUGAGACACCACGCUACCUGGGCCCAUCGAGUGGUAUUGCCAUGACCCGCAUGGUAAUGGAGGAAGCAAAACGGUAUACAGACUCCAACCGCAUAUCCGAGAUCGUGCCGUCGGUUCGUGAUAGGCGACAUGCAGCACAGGACGGGCUAGGCUCCGUUGCUAUGAGGUCUAUGUCUUUCAGCAUACCACCUCCCAUGUCGGCAAGAAAGAAAAGUUACCCCAUGCUGAGCGGCGUUCCUGCUGCCAAUCUGCCAAGUAGAGCCAUUGUUGACCGGCUGCUAGAGGUCUAUCAACAACGAGCCCAGGUGUUCACGCCUGUGCUCCAUGAAAGGAAGCUCGAGGAAGCCAUACGAGAUGUAUAUAGCGGAAGCCGGGAUGCAUACCAGCAAUUCGUUGUGCGAUUGGUCAUGGCCAUUAGUAUGCAGAAGCUCGACACUACAUAUGCUGGACUGGCGGAUAGCUACUAUCUGUCCGCUAUGCAGUAUUUCGAGGAUGUGGUUCGGCCAAAGGAUCUGAAGACGCUCCAAUGUCUCAUUCUGCUGGCUCAGUAUUCGCUCUUAACACCUACGCGAACCGCUGUCUACUAUAUUGUUGGGCUCGCGACCAGGAUAUGUCAGCAGAUGGGCCUCGCUGACGAAAAGACCAUUGGCCUUGGUAUCGAUGACACCUUAACUCUAGACCUACGACGACGGCUCAGUUGGAUCGUGAUGACAAACGAAUUUGGUCUCGCGUAUAGCAUGGGACGACCUAACGGGUUCGCGAAAAGCAACGACUUUGUGGAUGUUACAUUUUUCUCCACCAUUGAAGAUAGAAGCAUAACCGCAAACGGCAUAUUACCUGGUGCGGUAGAUCCCCGCAAGUUAGUGGCAAUCCAUUUCUGUAAGAUGAGGUUGCUCCAAAAUGAGGUCCGGGGAGUACUGUACGAAAAGAAGCAAUCAACACCACGAAAUGAUCGUGACCCGUGGUUUGUCUCGAUUGAGUCCAGAAUGGACCAGUGGAUUAACUCAACGCCGGAAAAUCCCCCUUGGUGUAAACCGUGGUUCACUGGCCGUUACCACACCAUGGUGGUAGCACUUCACAGGCCAUCACCGCAGGUGCCGAAGCCAUCUCCAAAUUCCGCCACCAAGUGCUUCGAAUCUGCUGCGUUUGUGAUUAACAUCUCAAGCAAGCAGGUCAUGGCGUCAGCGAUUGACAUCACAUGGGUAUUCUUGCUCACUCUCUACAUGUCUGUUAAUACCAUAUUGUGGACGGUUGCCAGCUAUCCAGAAGUGCGAUCAGCACAUUCGCGCGAAGAGGUACAGGAGCUCAUCAAUGUUUGCCUUGAUAUCAUCGACUCUUGUGCAGAACGGUGGCCGGGUACCUCAGCGGCUUCCAAGUUGUAUGCCAAAUUUUCAGAAGCAUGCCUCAGAAGUUAUGAAGCGAGGGGCACGCCUAUGCACUCAAAUUCGAGUAUGUUUGGUACGCCAUCUUCACAAGCUGACACGAACUCGCCGUCGUCUGAGAUCAUGAACGCCACCACGAUGUCGCAAAAUGGGGCAGCUGCCACUGCAUUCAACCCUCCACAGUUUGGCUAUGUUUUUGAUACGCAGCCUGAACAAGUAACGUUUGAUAGUUCGUUCCCUAGUCAGCCCGCGUUCCGCUCAAACUCCAUUUUCCUCAACCCUGCUUCAAAUGAACCAACUACUGGACGGCGGUUCAGCUAUUUCCCACCCGAUUUCACACAGUCAACGGAAAAUUUGCUCUUGGAAGAGUCAACUCCUCCAGGAACAGAGGCGACAGUUUCCCCGCCUCCGCCGGUGCUCUCUCCUCCAGAUCACUUGCCAACGCCACCAGACUCGGUCGGAAAUGGCUCUGCUGCCACGCCUUUGCUAAGCACUCCACUCAUGUCGACAACAGCCACGUCUACGCCGAUCAUGAAACAAGGACAUCCUAUAAGCAUGCCCAAUAUGAUGCCCCAACAAAUGCCUCCACAGCAGAUACAUCAGCAACAGCGGACACCGCAACCCGCCUUCACAAUUCCACAAUUACCGCAACAACAGCAACAGCAGCAACACCAUUUUAUGGGACAGCGGCCGUUACCGCCAGCAACGACUGUCACAGAUUGGUUUAGUCCACCACCGCCAUUCAUCUCUCCCUAUGCGUUCGGCAAUGCAAAUGGAAACAUAUGGAACGAUGCCGGGAAUAGCGGUUUCAAUAUGAUGGGAAUGAACGGCAAUACCUUUCCUGGAUUACCUCCGGAGCGACAAGGAAGUUUGAGCCAAUCUCAACAAAUUGAGUUGAUGGGUGUUUUGGAGAAUGAGGGCAUGACUGACAUCGACACGUAUCUGAAUGGCUUUAACUAUGGGGGUCACGACAUUAUGGGAGGACUUGGGAACGUUAAUUGGAAUGGUACUUCCUAA